AGUUUACAUUAUUAAUACGAAACAAGAUACAAUUCAAAGUUCAAACAUAUGAAACAAAAAACUACAUGCCGUUUCUGCCUCAUAUGUUCUUUUCAUCUGAAAGAAUGAGGAAAUUGUCAGCGUUACAUAAUACAUACAAUUACAGGGGCAUUAUAGAAAACUACAUGUCGUUUCUUUAGAAUUUGAUCAUGUUUUAUAGUUGAUUUGGCCCAACAUGUUGUCAUUCAUCUGUGUAAGGAGACACUCAAGGGAAAACGACAUGUAGUCAAAUGUACAUGUACGUGGAUACCAAGCAUGCUUCAAGAAGUAUACGUGGAUAUUAAGCAACCUAUUACAAGAGGAACAAAGUCAAACAGUUCAUUCUUGUAACUCUAUUUAAGAGGAGUCAAGUAUAUUGAAACAUCACUACACCUACAACGUUCAAUUUGAGCUUAGAUAACCUCAAUGGAACUUUCAUCAAAACCAAACCCCUCCAAACAUUUCAAUACCGACUUCUGUUUGGCAUUGGCAACCCAAGUUUUAGAAAAUGAAGCCAUUAAGGGUUCAAACUUUGUGGCCUCACCCUUAUCAUUACAUGUUGUGUUAAGCCUGGUAGCCGCAGGGUCAACGGGACGUACUCUAGAACAGCUGUUGUGGUUUUUGGGAUCACAAAGUCUUGAUGAACUCAGUUUAUUGUCUUCACAUGUCACAAGUCUGAUAUCACCAAAUGAAGGCUGUACAAGUCCAAGAAGUGGUCCCCUAUUGUCGUUUGUCAAUGGGGCUUGGUUGGAUCAAAGGUACAAUUUGAAGCCAUCAUUUGAAGCUAUUGUGAAAGAGACUCACAAAGCCCAGAUAAAAAACGUUGACUUCUGUACCAAGGCUGAUGAAUCGGUGGAUGAAGUGAAUUCUUGGGCUGAAAAAGCGACUAGAGGACUCAUAACUGAACUUCUCCCUUAUGGGUCUGUAGAUCCUUUGACUGUACUUGUUUUUGCAAAUGCACUCUACUUCAAAGGAUCAUGGGACACACAAUUUGAUGUUUCAAAUACUCGAACUAAAAACUUUCGCCUUCUUAAUGAUCAAACUGUUCGAGUCCCCUUUAUGACCACCACUAGUAACCCUUUUGAGAGACAUCUAUACAGAUGCUUUGAUGGCUUUAAGGUUCUCAAAAUUCCAUACCGAAGUGGUCAAGACUCUCGUAAAUUUUCCAUGUACUUUUUCCUUCCGAACGAGAGGGAUGGUAUCUUCAAUCUAAUCCAAAUGGUUAAAUCAAAUCCUAAUUUUUUGAAUCAACAAUAUGAGCUGACAAAAGACGAACUCACUGAGUUUUGGAUUCCAAAAUUUAAAUUCUCUUUCGGGUUUGAACCGAAACAGACCAUGAAGGAUAUGGGGCUUGAACUACCUUUCCAAGCUGGUGAGCUUACAGAAGUGAUCGAUUGUCCUAUUCUUGGUAAGGACAUCUAUGUUUCAGAAAUAUUCCACAAGUCUUGUAUUGAAGUCAACGAGGAAGGGACAGAAGCCACGGCUAGCACUGCUGUUAUAUUUGAACUGCAAUGCCAAAGAGUGUAUCCGAGCUUUGUGGCUGAUCAUCCCUUCUUGUUCAUGAUUAGAGAAGAGACUCAUGGAAUUGUGUUCUUCUUUGGAGCUGUGCUUAAUCCACUUCUGGACUCCUGAUCCUCAUCUUCUACUGAUAUUUGUCUUUGGUUUUAUGGUUUUAUCUGGAGUUUAAAAUGUAUGGUGUGCUUUAAUAUAACUUUUGAUGAAAAUAAGUCUCAAUUAUAAAGUACAAUUCAAUUUGUACUAUUUCUUUUGGAUGAGUGACCUGCAAACCCUCAUUUGCUCUUUAAUUGGAAACAACUUUCUCAAAUGAAAACUAAAUGAGUCCUGUCUUACUAUUGCAAUAGCUGUUGAUGUUAUUGAGGUCAACUAGUGUUGCUUAUCUGUGUUAUUUGUCUUCACACAUAUGACCUCACAUAAUGAUGGCAUUUGGGAAUCUUUAAGAGCUUGUCAGUCACAUCUUGUCUUUUGUUAAUGGAGCUUUGGUUAGAUCAAAGGUUCAAUCUGAAGCUGUAUUUUGAACCAAUUGUGAAAGGUUCUUUACAAAGCCAAGAUCAGAAACUUGGCCUUGUCUGUUAGUUUUGUAGUUAAGAGUUAGCUUUUUCGGUUAAUUCUUCGUUAGGAAUUGGAUUGCAGCCUAAUUUUUUGUAACUAAGGGUAACUAAUAUGGCAGCCAGAAAAUGAUUAAUAUUUUCUAGUAAUAUUAGUUGGAAAUUGAGAAAACCAAAGAGAUUAUAAUAGUCACAAUUGAUGUAAUGCUCCAGUAUGUAGUCGUUCUCAGUGACAGUGGAUUCAACUAGAGGCUGUGUAUCCCAGCCUUAGAAAAUCCAAAUCAAUUAUGGUCCUAUGUGUGUUUGUAGUUCAGAAUUGUCUCAAUACAAUAUUCAUUUUCAAGAAUUAUCUCAUGUUUACUUUCUUUCU